AAGAGACAGAGGUAGUAUAUGAUAAAAUAUAUAAUAGUGCGGGACAGGUGGCUUUGUUUGCAUUAUUUAAGUGAAAUAAGUCCUCUUUUCUUUUGUUUUUGUUUUUGUUCUUGUUGGAUUCCAUUUUUCUGUUUUGAGACUAAACUUGUUUAAAACAUUUUGCAAAGUAUAUAUAGUUUCUAUAGUUGUGUAAUUUUUGCUGGUUUAGACUAAAGUUGUUUAAAGCAUAGUUUCUAUAUGUGGAAUUCAUUCAUAGUGUGUGUUAUUAUGAUGAACCACAAAUGCAUGGAAUGUCAAUCAAAGAGAAGAAGAAGAAGAAGAAGAAGAAGAAGAAGAAGAAGAAGAAGAAGAAGAAGAAGAAGAAGAAGAAGAAGAAGAAGAAGAAAGGUGGAGGAGGAACAAAAAAGCACAUGAAUCUUUCCCGAAGCUCCACUUUCAUAAACACACAUCGGUACUACAAUUGAUCACAACGGAAAGUAAUUAAGCUUGAUACCGUUUUCCAUCGAAUCCUAUUCUCAACCUCAAGUCAGGAACCUUCUACGUUUGAUUAUAUCUUUUUCAAUUCUGAUAAGUUUUCAAUACUGUUCUACUACUCGCCAACCACAUCAACAAUAAUGAUUCAUAUCCGUAGUGGUUUAUUGGUUGCAAUUGCAACCUGCAUUGUCUUGUUGGCUUACUACUUGAGCCAACACUCAGUACAUAUGGAACUACCUUUCUCUGAUCUUCCUACUCAAGCAUCCGAAGCUGACAAGGUGAUCCGUUUACCGGAUCAGCCUAAGGUUGACUUCCAACAGUUUGCUGGCUACAUUACUGUUGACGAAGUCAACCAAAGGAACCUCUUCUACUAUUUUGUUGAAUCCGAGUUUGAUGCUGUAUCAAAACCUGUAGUCCUAUGGUUAAGUGGAGGACCUGGCUGUUCUUCUAUCGGCCAAGGAGCUUUUUCUGAGCAUGGUCCUUUCCAUCCCACCAAAAAGGGUGGUCUAGUAAAAAAUCGGUACAGCUGGAACCGAGUGGCCAAUAUGCUGUAUUUGGAAUCCCCUGCAGGUGUUGGCUUUUCUUAUUCCACCAACACCUCUGAUUAUUUCAUGGUGAACGAUGAGAGGACAGCAAGGGAUUCCCUUGUUUUCCUCCAAGGUUGGUUCACCAGGUUCCAAAAGUACCAGAAUAGUGAUGUUUUCAUUACCGGAGUAAGCUAUGCAGGGCAUUGGGCUCCCCAGAUUGCAGAGCUCAUUCUCCAGUCUAAACCAAGCUUCAAUUUGAAGGGGAUAGCUAUGGGCAAUCCUCUUCUGGAAUUUACCACGGAUUACAACUCUAGGGCCGAAUUUUUAUGGUCACAUGGGUUAAUAUCUGUGGAAACAUAUGGCAUGUUGCGGACUGUCUGCAACUAUGCCCAAAUUAUGAGGGAAAAUAUAUAUGGGACACUUAGUACCACUUGUAAGCAAGUGUUGUAUCAAUUUUCCAAAGAGGUUGGUCGUCUUGUGGACUCCUUCAAUAUUAUGGAAGACAUUUGCCUCCCAUCCGAGUUUCAAUGGGUUAAUGAGACUCCAAUGGAUGAUGGAGAGAAAAGAGAUGUGUGUGUGGAGCAUGAAACCCCCUCGUACAUGAACCGAGGAGAAGUGCGUGAAGCAAUUCAUGCAAAGCUGAUGGGGAUUACCGAGUGGACGAUAUGUAGUACUGUCCUCCUCUACAACCGGAAGAAUUUUGAGGAUCCGAUCAUAUCUCUACUUGGGAGACUUGUUAAGUCCGGAGUAAGAGUAAUGGUUUAUAGUGGAGACCAAGAUGCUUACCUUCCAUUAAUAGGGACACAUUCUCUAUUACAAGGAUUGGCCAAGGAUAUUGGUCUGGACCGCGAGGGCCACAGAUCCUGGUUUGAUGGACCACAGGUUGCUGGAUGGACCGAAACUUAUGGGGACAACCUCACCUUUGCAACCAUCAAAGGAGCAGGUCAUGCAGCUGCAGCUUCUCAACCAAGGAGGUCCCUCCGGCUCUUUAAGAGUUUUAUCGAAGGAAAACCUCUCCCAGUGAACAUCACUGUACCAUUUUAAUUUAAUUGUUUGAUUCAUAAACAUUUGAUUUUAUUGUAAUUAAAUUUGAAUUAAUUAGAGUUUUGAAAUAUUGACAUGAAAGACAUUUUUUACAGUUCAAAUGAAUAUGUAGAGUCGAUUGAAA